AUGGAGGGUGACGAUGUGGCAUAUCCGUGUAAAGGAUGUGGUGAUAUCCUCGAGGAGGGAAAAGCCUUCGAACUUGUGCUUGCAAUAACAAAAUUGAAGACCUUGCUAUCCUCACCGGUGACCAAGCAUUUUGUGCAACAUGCUUUCGAUGCAGGAACUGCAAACUCAAGGGCUGCCGCGAAUGCGAAGAAAAAAGAUGAUCAAUCUCCCAUGCUAGUUGACAAAUCACUACCUGCCCUACCACCGAACGCAGUUCCACAAAGCGCCUUCUCUCCUGAACGUGAGAUUUCGGACCCCCACAACGCGGACAACCCUACAGAAUUAUCCCCCAGGCCGCGGCCAACAUAUCCUCGUACAGACUCAUCAUCUAGGAGCAGUUCUCGAAUACCUCGCGAUGAUACGUCCUCUCAUCGAGCAUCCACCGAUACCGCAGGCCGAGAUGGAUUAACGCUUCCAACGACGACCUACCGGAACAAUAGAUAUUCAGGAAUUUCACAAAUGUCGGAGCUUGGAAAUGGUGAUGGAGAGAGCUUUUUCAUACCUCUCGCAUUGGAUCCAAGCCCUGCGCCAUCCUUGACACCAAGAUCAGCGUCGACAUCAUGGGACGCAAAGAAAGCUAAAGAGAACCAAGCACCAGAUCGAGAUUACUUUGGCUCAAAAGAAAAUAGACGAAGUCAAACUGAUCUACAGCCACCGAGACGAUCAAGGGAUUCGAGGGAUGUGAGCUUGGCUUCGACACCGCACAUUGCAUUUCAAGAGAAGAGUCAGCAACCAUCCGAGGAACAGUUAGCACAGAUCAAGGAAAGCAUACGCAGGGCGGCAAAUGGCACAGGAACGCCCGUUAAAGAAUCGUCGCCUUCUGCCGGUGAUGAUACUUUACUGCAACAUGCAACCUCACCGAUUGGUGAUGCCCAAGAUGGAAAGACACAAUCUCCAAGUGAAAAUUUUAGAUUGGGAGAUGUGCCCAAGGGAAAACGGGCUGUGCCAACGAGAAACGACUCGCAAUCAGAUUACACUGGCAGCGAGAGCAACUCUUCAAAAUCUGCUGUAUCUAACCUACCUCCCAGGAAAGACAGCAGCGCGGCAAGAAUGGAGUCCCCCAAAACGUUAUUGGCUGCGGAUCAACUCACCUCCAAAUCUUCACAGGAAUCGCGAUCAAGGGACACGGAAAAUUCUACCAUUACAAGGGUCGAUUCUGGAAGCUCCAAAAGAUCCAUCCCCCGUAAGGAACUAACCUCAGGACAAGUGAGAAGCAACGUCAGUACAAUGAGCUUAUCUUCUGGAACAGAUACCUCUCCAUCCACGGAAUCCUCUUCAGAAGGGGUAGCUCAAACCCCAACCGUGAAUGGCAAAUCAAUCUCUGGUCCCCUGCUACAGUCACCUAUUGAUGAUAUGACACCUCCAAAUCGACCAACACGACCUUCUAUCCCAAAACAACAGCUAAGUGAUACAUACAUGACCCCAAGAGCACCGCCCGCGCCGCCGUCGGCGGGCUCAAAUGGUGCAACUUCGUCUCCCAACUUACCCAGGUGGAGUGCUGGGGCUGAUCUCACCAUGGAUGAAGAUAUGGCUCGAAUAUUUGGUAAUGAUGAAGGCUCACAAUCUAUAAUUCGAAGGGUUUCCAACGCCGUACGGCACGUUCGGAACACAAGUAAUGAAGCAAGCAAUUCUGCUCGUGGCCAUGGCCGCAGCGUAAGCGAAACAACUGCGCGCACUCCUAAUUCUCCACGAUGGCCAAAAACACCCAUCAUUGAGGACACUAGCGGACCUCGAGAUAUCAGUAGCCCAAUCUCUAUAAACUCACCAAACCCUGCGGAUGAUCCUGCUUUGUUAAGGAGACAACUUCGAAAUUCUGAACAAAGGGUAGCAGAACUUGAAAGGCAAUUUGUUAAUGAGAAAGAUUUGAAAACACUAAACAAAAAGCUCAUCGAGAAGCGAAAAACUGUCUCGGUCCUAGAUUCUCAAACGGAGCUUAUGAUUCGCCAAUUGGAGGUUUUGGCUGGUUAUGUGGAACGUGCGAAAGGUUCGAAACAACCACUUGACAUAGCUGAGCUGGAAGAUUCUGCUAUCAAAGAAUUCGUCCAAAAGCUUGAUCGCCUUAAACAAUCAAUGUCUACCUCAAUUGAACAGCUUUUUGAAGAGCGAGAUGAACUUUUAGAAGAAAAGAAUCAAGCUAUCGCCGAUCGUGAUAGAGCCUUGGUUGAGUUUGAGCAAUUGUCAUCCAAAAAUGCACAACUUGCAGAUAUGAAUAAUGAUCUUACACACCAGAUUCAGGAACGCUUCAAGUCGGCGAAUACCAGUAUGGAGAGCCCAAGGCCACCAAUGAACGGUCUGGGAAUCUACACUCACCACAAUAAGGAUAAAUCUAACGUUUCCGUUCAUCUAGAUAAUGCAAGUCUCCGCCCAUCUGAAAGCAGCAGCACAGCCUACAAUAGUUCAAUUCAUAGCUAUCCACAUGCAAUGGAACAGGACCCAAGUAUGGAGCCAGCUACACUACUAUCAGCUCCUCAUGUCGUCAACAUUCGCAAGGGUCAGGCAAAGAAGUUCAAUUGGAAGAAGGGUGGCCAAACUGUUGCUAAGGGGGUCACUAAAGGCUUCAAAGGCGCUUUCUCAAGUGGACCAGAGCGAGGCAUGCAUCAAUGGCCAGGUCAAUUUGGUGAUAGCAUCGGUAUGCCUUACAAUAUGACCAUGGAGCAGGUGCAAUCUCCCGCACCAAAUGCAUCUGGAUCAAACUUACCCAGAUCCAUAUCGAAUGAUCCCUCCCGACAGGGUUUUGGUUUAUUCAAGAAAACACAAACAAUGUCGAAGUCGAUGUCUAGUGGUAAUAUUCUUGCCGCUGAAAGUCCGUCAAUCUUGUUUGGCUCUGAUCUCGUUGAAAGAGCUGAUUAUGAGCGUCGACAAAUUCCAAGCGUGGUUACUCGUUGCAUUGAGGAAGUUGAGUUGCGUGGAAUGGACAUUGAGGGUAUCUAUCGAAAAACUGGAGGUACUGGUCAAGUCAACCUCAUCAAAGAGGGAUUUGAUAGAACUGAAGAUUAUGACAUAUCGGAUCCUGAUCUUGAUAUUACCGCGGUUACGAGUGUCUUGAAGCAAUAUUUCAGGAAGCUACCCGUACCACUUUUAACCUUUGAUGUCUAUGAUCGCGUUUUAGAAUCAAUUUCCAUUGAAGAUAACGCAGAACGUUGCGCACAUCUACGAAACACAGUCAAUAUGCUACCUCCCAAGCAUCGUGAUUGUCUUGAAUUUUUGAUCUUCCAUCUUGUGCGUGUCGCAAAGCGAGAAAGCGAGAAUUUGAUGACACCCAAGAAUCUGGCAGUAGUUUUUGCGCCGACGAUUAUGCGAGAUCACAGCAUAGAUCGUGAGAUGACAGAUAUGCACGCCAAGAAUCAAGCCGUUCAAUUUGUUAUCGAGAACAGUUACGAUAUAUUUGCCAGCGCUUAG